UUAGAGAUACGGACCACCCUCCGAUGUCCUUGACCUUGACAUAUGUUGUCAAGGUCACCCUCCUGAGUGACCUUCAGAAGGUUUUAGCCGUCGCCCGUUUUUUAUUAAAAAGUUAUUAACCAAUAAAGUUUCGAAAAUAUAGCAGUUAUUUUGAGUAUUAAAACGCAUAAUGGUUUGCGCAAAGCGUUAUAAAUAUUACCGUAAGUUGUCGAUUAAUAUGCUAUGUCAUGAUAAUGAAUUGCCCUCGACAAAACUUUCUGGAAAAGGAGCUGAAUAUUUCAUCAUGCACAGCAGUUGAUUGGGUGAACUUUUGCCAAGAGCCCAUGAAUAAAUGGUUGAUGCGCAAACAAAAUCCAAUUGGUGGAAAUGGAAUCAUCGUCGAAAUUGAUGAAGCUAAAUUCGGACGUCGAAAAUACCAACGUGGACGAUUGAUCACAGGACAAUGGCUCUUUGGUGGUAUACAACGGGGCACGAAAAAUAUGUUUGUCGUGCCAGUUGUAUCUCGUAGUGCAGAAGUGCUACUACCCUUAAUCGAAAAAUACAUUGCUCCUGGGUCAAUAAUCUACAGCGAUUGUUGGAAAGCUUAUAAGAAAAUCGACAAAAAAAUAUAUCAACAUAGCGUAGUCAACCAUUCUGAAAAUUUUGUUGAUCCAAAUACGGGUAUCCAUACCCAAAACAGAGAACGCUUAUGGAGAGAUAUUCACGGAGGUAUUCCACAAUAUGGUCGUAGAAAAUACCAUUUUCACCAUUAUUUAGCAGAAUUUAUAUUUAGAAAAACAUACGAUUUCAACGAACGGUUGGAUGCAUUUUUUGAAAUAAUGUCUACUAUGUACCCUUUAACGGAAAAUAUAAAUGACAACCGAGUAAAAAUCUAA